CGUCUCUGCUGUGCCGCUGCGCAGCGCCGCCACCUUGCAACUGUUAUGGGCACCUCAGGCUCACGUUUCGUGAAGUAAUCGCAGCAAACCAGAAAAAAAGCGAAACGCCGGCUGCCGCCGCAACCGACGCGCGGUGAAGAGUGUUGUUGGUGGCACAUAACUGCGAAAAGAGAGUGAAAGAAGCACUGCGGGUUGCAAGAAGGAAAAACAGUUCGGGUCCGGGAGAAAUGUGCGAGAAAAGCGACCGCGGUGCACCAAAGAAAGUAAAAAGGGUUGACGAUGGUGGCGAAGAGAGCACGAAGUGGUUGGAUGCAAUCGUUAGUUUGAACAAGUAAUAAACAUGCAUGUGUAUAAUAGCUGAAGAUGUUUAUCAUCGCCAUCAGCAAUAUCACACCAUCCACAUCGGUCGCCGUCAUCGACGUUACCACUAAAAAAGGAAAAUCAGCUCCAGCAGCAAUAGCAUCAGCAAAACCAUCGAUUGAGCUCCAGUAAAUCGAAGAAGACUAAAAAAUAGUGUUUACAACCACAACAUAAAAAUCCAUUACAACAGCAACGAAAUUUGUGGCUGCUCGUUACAAGUUGGCUGAGCAAAAAAAAAGUGAUUAAAUAAUAGGCUCACCUUAGUGGCUGUGUUGUGUCUAAGUUCAGUGAAGUAAUCGUAAGUGAACGACUUAGUGGGAAGCAGAGUUGCGAAACUAACAAAAAAAACGGGGAGCAUCGUUCGUCUCGAGGAGCGUAGCAAAAUAAUCUGAGGCAGUCUCACCAGCAGUGAAUUCAUAGAGGAGCCAAAAGCAAGGUUUCUUAGCAUUGGAUUAUAAGAUACGCACGGAUAACAAACAAUCAUCAGUGAGGUUUCCACCAUCACUGAAACCGACCUUCCCUUGCGAUGAAGGGUUGGUUCGAUGCAUUUCGAGACGACGGAGCUCCCACUCUGUACUCGUUCUCAAACCGAACCCCAGUUACCGGCGAUGUAUCGAUUGUGGCCGUAAGCGUCUUGUUCGCCACUAUCUAUCUGGCAUUUCUGGUCAUCUUUCCCGGUGUUCGAAAGCAGAAAUUCACUACCUUCACGACAGUAACGCUUAGCUUAUUCGUAGGACUAGUUAUAUUAGUUACCCGUUUAGGCUCAGGUUGGCAUGUUGCUCAAUCGACUAUCGUCGCCCCAUACAAGGCGUUCUCGCGGGAAAAGCUUCCGGCUCGGUUGGGCGCCCACAUCGGACUGAUGCACAUCAACAUUACGCUGGCGGCUCUGCCAGUUGGCAACUGGUCCACCCCGGACAUUGACUUCAACGAACGAUUUAGCUGGGAACAGGCUAAUGAUAUGGGCAACUCGUACAAAAACGCUUUGCAGCGUGGCUUGCCGUAUCCAAUUCUGACCGUAGCGGAAUAUUUCAGUCUGGGCCAGGAAGGAUUCUGCUGGGGUGGACAGUAUCGCGCAGCUGGCUACUACGCUAGCAUACUGUUGUGGGCAUCUUUCGCCUCGUGGCUGAUGAUGAACUUGCUGCUGGUGGCUGUGCCACGUUAUGGGGCCUAUAUGAUGACUCUCACCGGAGGUCUGCUGAUAGGGGCCAGCGUUGGCUAUAGUCAGAUGCUACCAAAGCAACCGUUGACGAUCUUCAUCGAAGGAGGCCGGAUCAGUUUUCGGCUAGGGUGGUGCUUUUGGCUUGUGCUGGUUGCAGGUAUCCUCUGCUUAUCGAUUGGACUGAUAAUAGCAAUUAUCGAUUUGGUUUGGCCACACCGAUUCUCAACCAUCCUGGAGGUUUAUUACGACACGCCCUAUGACAGACACGUGAUAUUAGAAGAAUCUCACGAUGUUCGAUACCGCAAACGUAAUAGCAAAGGUUUGGAGGAACCCCCUGGUCUUGGAUCGCGUAUCCUGCGCCGGCUAUCAUCGAAAACUCGGGACCAAACAAAUGACAAGGCGGGCAUCGAAAACCGCGGUUUCCAGCACGACGUCCCAAAGUCGCCCUGGCGCUAUCCGUUCCGCCGGGCCCAGCAAAACCCACCGCAAGGAAUCCAGCGUACAAUUUCGCAAGACUCUAACUCCAGCAUCGCAUCCGCAGCUGCCAUGUCUCAAUCGUUACAUAAAGUAGCACUUUCCAGAAUGCUUCCGAAACCACCUCUGGAGCGGACUCGCGAAAUCUCCAACUGGUAGACGAUAGGCAACCAUCGACAUCCAUGUACCAACAAUCGGUUCAAAACCGGAAGCCUCACUUAAAGCUAGAAACCACACGUGUGCAACUUUUACGUGAUGAAUCUCUUGUGAUAUUAAAUCGUAAAACAGCGAGCUGACAAAAACGAAAUAACUAAUCGAGAUAAACAAAUUCCAAGUUAUCAUGGAAAGACUUGUCCGAGUGCAACUUACCAUAAGUAUAGGACGAAACAAUUUUAUAGAUUAGGACUGAAUUGAAAAUGGCUUCGUACGGAGCAAAUUUUAACUGACCGUGUCUAACAUUAAAAUUUAGCGAUAGUAGUAUUCUAGGUAUUAAUCAACGAUUGCUUAGAAUUAAGACUGGCCAAUUUGCGUAAAGCGCGUAUCAUAUUCGUAACAGUUAUCAGUGAACCUUUACAAGACUAUCAGGAACAAGUUUCAUGCCCUUUUAACUUAUUUAUUAAUUCGUUCGUGUACGGAGUUUUACGAGUAUGUAGGUUGAAUUUUUAUUAAAAGAAACUAGUGGAGAAGAACCAAGUAUUACUUACACAUGUGUCAUGGAGAAAGAAGAUUGUAAUGAUUACUGUAGAUAAACGAAUAAACAUUAUUGUGACAUAGUA